GACUUUUUAUUGAGUCGUCUCGCCCAACCCUGCGCUUCUCUCUCAUCCGAUCACCUCCUCACGGUAAAACCCUCUCUCUCUCUCUCUAUCUCUCUCUCUCUCUCUCUCUCUACCUUUGCAGGUUCCCUACUCCCCGGAUGAAGACCAAAACCCUAAAGCGGAGCCGGAGCUCCGACGACGAGGAUCGGAGCAGGAGCAAGAAGCCCGCGAAAUCCAGCAAGCGGCGGCGCCGCCGCCGCGACUCCGCCUCCUCCUCCGGCGACGACGACCGCCGCCGCCGCCGCCGUAGGAUCUCCGGUGGCCGCGACAAGAAUCCCGGCGACGGUCGCCGGAAAGAGCCGAAGAGGCCCGGUCGGAAGAGAGCCGCCCCCCGGCGGUCUCGGUAUUCUUCUCCUCCUCCUGCUCCUUCUUCUUCUUCUGUAAGUAGUUAUUCGAGUAGGAGUUGCUCCACAUGCCGUAGCCGGAGUGUUAGUUCGUCUCCCGAGAGGUAUCGGAGGGCUAAGGUUAGGCCGAGAAGUAGGUCUAGGGGUAGGGAGAAGGAGAAGAAGAGGGGUCGAAGCCGAAAAGCGUCAAAGAGGUCGCCGAGCUGCUCAACUUGUUCAAGAAGCCCUAGCAGAACCCAUACUGAUGAGAGAAGAUACAAGGAAGAGAGUGAUCGGGCGAGAAGGGUUAGAUCGGAAUCAGGGGUAAAUGAUGCGAAGGAUGAGGAGAGGGAUAAGAUAAUUCAGGCUUACGACGAUUUCCCUUCCACGCAGAGUAAUGAGGGUUUUGAUGGGAAAAAGAGCGAGAAGGAGAUGGUAUCUAAAAAUAUUGAAACUGAGCCUACUGAGAAUGUUGAUGGUGUUGGUAUUGUUCUUGCUAGCGAAAAGAGCAACAUCGCAGUUAGUUCUGAAAAUUUGGAGGCCGACGAUUUGGAGUUGGUAUUAAGACAGAAGGCAUUGGAGAAUUUCAAAAAGUUCCGAGGCGGGGUUCCUGCGCAAAGAUCGAGUGGAGAUCAUAAGGAUGUUGGCGUAGUAGUUGAUGCGAAAGAUGCUAAAAUUAGUUCCAUUGCUUCUUUUCAAAGGCAAGGAAGCAUUCAAGGUGGAAGUGGCCUGACUAGACCUAGAGUUAGAUCAGUAGUGAGCAUACCCACAGAGAACAAAGGUGGUGAUGGGGGUGCCUCGAUAAUAUGUCCCUGUGAUAAUAGUGAGAAUCUCGAACCUAUUGAUCAGACUAAUGAAGCUCCCGAUGCUUUAAAUCAAUUGAAGAGGCUUGAAGGGGACAACAAUCAAAUGCCUUCCGAGCAAACCACGGUGGCCAAAGAUCAAAUCCUUCAUAAUAAGACUGCUACUGCUGAGCAUGGGAGCAAUAUCGGCAAAACGCUUGAAGGGUCUGCUUCAGGCACAUCGGCAUCAGUUGUGACUAAGGUCGGAAACGAAGCUGUUGUGGAAGAUACAACUGGCUCUCAGUUUGAGCAGAAGACAUUUUCUAGAAUGCACGACGGAGAAAUGGUGCAGGUGAGCUACAAGGUUUACAUACCGAAGAAAACCCCCGCAAUGGCGAGGAGGCAGCUGCAACGCUGAAGGAUUCAUAGUUGAUUGGGAUACUCUUUUCGUUAUUUUGCAGAGUCACCGCUUCUUCAGUGAUUCAUUUCAUUGAUGGUUAGCCAGUGUUAAGAGCUCUGUGAGUUUUCGCCUCUCUAGAUGUGACUAAUGAUCUAUAUCCAUCAUUUUAUGCUAGCAUGAGGAGUCAUCAUACUCCUAAUUACCUACCUAUACAGAGCUUGUUUAAUCCACUGGUUUGGCUGUUUGAGAAUUCUAACCAUAAUUCUGAGAACUGAUUGUCGCAAUGUGGUAUGGCUAGGAAUGGUUAUCUGAAUAUUGGAGCAAAAGCAAUCUACAUUUGUAUGAUCUCUUCUUCUUCUUUUUUUCUUCAUCACCAAAUCUCUUACAACGACAAAAUUGUUGUUAGUUACUGUUCUUAUUGGUAGAAUUUAGGUUGAUUCAGCUGUCCUGUGUUUUUCCAUAAUUACGUAUCGGAAGUCGGUUUUAUUGUUAACUUUAAUGGGAUUUUCUUGUAUGUGGUUUGGCUUGUAUAUUGAAGUUUUAUCUAGUUUAGCUUCAUUA